AUGGAUAUCCUCAAAGUACUGUCGCGCGGUACCAAGAAGAGCGCAAAAUCGUCACUCUCAGGCGGCAGCGCAGUGGGCAAACUGCCCUCUUCUGGAACAAAGACCAACCCGCAGCUCUACCACGACGAAGUUCGCGGCCAGAAACGAAAGCGCGAUGUCGAAGAGCCCGAGAACAAGACCCCAGAAGUGCUUCCCGAAGUCGACUUCUUUGCGCCCAAGGACGUUGCGGAAUUGAAACCUGCCAAGAGGGCCGAGGCGAAGAAGGGCUCCAAGCGAGCGGCCAGUCCUGACGCUGAAGCAGAAGCGAAGCUGUUGAGCGCCGAGGAGUGCCGCCAGCUGCUGCGGUCGCAUAGAUUGAAGGUGACGCUGCUUGGAAAACGAGACGAGCAACAUAAAGUCAAAAAGUCGAAGAAGAAGAAGGCCGUUGUCGAGGUUAAGAAGGACAAGAAGCCGCCGCAGCUGAACCCGCAGCCACUGGUGUCGUUUGGCCAAUUGCGAAGCACAUACAACUUGUCACGCAGGGUAGCUGAAAAUCUUUCAUACCAGGGCUAUCGUGUGCCCACAGAGGUUCAGAUGGGAAGCAUGCCGCUGCUGAUUCGGCCUGAUCUGGCGCUGAAAGGCGAGGAAGGGCUGGAGAAGGGCAUUGACUUGCUUGCUGUGGCACCGACUGGAAGUGGAAAGACGAUCAGCUUCCUUGUUCCGACGAUUAAUAACAUUAUGAGGAGGAGAGCGCAGGAGAAGCUGCAUGGAAUCCAUGAGCUUGAAGCGAUUGUGAUUGUGCCGACUCGAGAACUUGCGUAUCAGAUUGUCCAUGUUGGAAAUCAGCUGGUCAAGGGAACAGGAAUCAAAAUUGUCGGAAUGAGAAAGGGCAUGAUUCUUGCUGCUGAAAGUCAAGACAUUGGUGAAGAUAGCUCAGACGACGAAGAAGAAAAGCCAGAGGAGUCUGAAGAAGAGGAAGAAGAGGAAGAAGACGAGGAGGAGGAAGGAGAUGAGAAAAAAGGAAAAAGCAGGAAGCCCAAAGUCAUGUCAAAAGUGGAUAUUUUGAUCACAACGCCUCUUCUGCUGCUCAACUUCCUAACUUCUGGAUCGGCGAGCACACAAAAGGUUCUACCAACAGUUCGCGAUCUGAUACUGGACGAGGCAGAUGUCCUCCUAGACCCUCUGUUCCGUGAACAGACUCUUGGCAUCUGGAAUGCCUGCAGCAGCUCAGACCUUCGGCUCUCAUUCUGGUCCGCAACUAUGGGAUCUAACAUUGAGACGCUGGUUACCGAAAAGCUGGCUUCGCGAGCAGAGUCUCUGGGGAUCACCCAAAGACCAUUGGUCCGAUUGGUUGUCGGUCUGAAGGACACUGCUGUUCCGAAUAUUGUGCACAGAUUGAUUUACACUGCCAGCGAGCAGGGAAAGCUUCUCGGUCUGCGACAGCUCUUACGACCUACUUCAAGCAUUGAUUCAGGGCCGCCGCUGCGACCGCCUUUCCUCGUCUUUACACAGACUAUUGACCGAGCUACGGCUUUGCAAGAAGAACUCAAGUACGAUAUCCCCCUUGAGGCGGGUGGUUCAUCUAGAAUAGCUGCUCUGCACAGCGGCCUCCCCGAUGCAGCCCGAGCGGCAAUUAUGCGAAAGUUCCGAGCUGGAGAGAUUUGGGUUCUCAUCACCACCGAUGUCUUAGCUCGAGGCGUUGACUUUGCCGGUGUCAAUGGAGUCCUGAACUACGAUGUUCCCGGCUCGAGUGCCGCCUAUGUGCACCGAGCAGGAAGAACAGGACGAGCUGGCCGCGAGGGCGGCAUCGCCGUUACUUUCUACACCAAGGACGACAUUCCCUUUGUCAAGACUGUAGCAAACGUUAUUGCCGAAAGCGAGAAGCAGGCCGGCAAGCCAGCAGAGGAAUCUUCAGUGCAAAAGUGGCUGCUUGAUGCUCUGCCAAAUGUCGGCAAGGAGGACAGGAAGAAGCUCAAAGAAAGGGGCGUGGAGUCGAGGAGGACUGGAAAUACAGCCCAAAUUACAUCCAGGAGCGGAUAUGAGCGGCGCAAGGAGCAUAACAGGAAGGGUGCUAUUGAAGGAAGCAAGAAGAGAAAGAUGGAGGCUGGAGAAGAUAAUGGCAAGGGUAGGGAUGGCGAAUGGGGCGGCAUUGAUGAUUAG